AUGUUUGUUGUAUAUGACCAUGUAUUUUCAGAAGAGCGUGACUACAACAGAUAUCUGGCUCUUUUUGAUGGAGAAACUGAAAGUUAUCGACACGUACGCGCAGUGUUUUCCGGGAAGGAAAACACGGGAAAGACUACCGUAUGUCGCCGUCUCCAGGGAAAAAAAGUCAAUCUGAAGUUGCGCAAACCAACCGUUGGUGCUGCUUUACAUCCUGUAUGGUUUGGUAUCGACUGGAAAUCAAAAAGCUGGCAGCCUAACAAUCAAUCACCAAGUGAAGUAGUUGUGGCUCGAAUGGGAGCAAUGAUAACUAAUACAACACCUAAUAUGCCGACAGGAAAUCGAGAUAGAGAAUUGGAUAAAUUGUCAGAACCACAAGACACCAAAUCACAGGAUAUGAGUGCUGUCCGAAACAGAGACAAACAAAUUACUGAAGAAGCAAACGCAGUCAGCAGAGCUGUAUAUAUUGUACCAUCUGAUAUGGUGUUCCUUUCCUUAUGGGAUAUGGGUGGACAUGCGUCGUUUCAAGCUUCACACAAUAUCUUUAUUUCCUCUCACGGAGUAUACCUUCUGGUCUUCAGACUAACAGAUUUCAUCAAGGACAAGCUUGAAACUGAUCGGCUUAAAAACUGGGUUCGACUGAUAGGUACAUUUUCCUCGUCUGAAUUGAAUGCUGAGAAGCUUAGCACACAUGCUCCUCCGAUAAUUUUUGUCGGAACCUUUUUGGAUAAAUUGAAAAAGAAGAGAAAGAGAAAGGACUACAAAAAACAAGUUGAUGACAUAAGAUUAAGCGUCUGCAGAUUUCCUGAACUAUCAGCGUUUAAUUUCAUCAAAUUCUGCACACUCGACAAUAGUCUUGGAGCGCAUCAUGAAGAACUUGAAAUUUUGAGAGGCUUUGUGACAGAAGCAGCUGAGCACCAGGAUCAAUGGGGCAGAAAAGUACCAUCUCAGUGGUUAAAGCUCGAGAAGGACUUACUUGAAGCAAGAGAAAAUGGAAAAAGGAUACUCAAACUGUCACAAGUGAUUGAAAUGAACAAAUCCUUUGCUACCACCUCGUUAUCGGAUGAGAACGAGAUCAAACUUGCACUUGAGUACCUACACUGUACAAGGUCCGUGGUUUAUUUCCGGGAAUUUGACCACGUCAUCAUAGACCCCCAGUGGCUUGCCGAUUUCUUCAGUAUCUUCAUUACUGAUGAGCAGUUUCUCCCAAAAGCCGACCUGAAAGUGACUCAAGAUGUGGAGUUGUACAAAACUAAAGGCGAGUUGACUCAGAAGUUGAUCGAGUAUCUACUCAGUCUGGAAAAGAAUAAAGAUUUCCUUCCAUACGUCGAUGUUCUCCUGGCCUUGAUGGAAAAGUUUGGACUGAUAGUGAAAAUACUCGUGUCGAGCCCUGCAACAGACACGCAACACUUCAGUGAAAUGUAUACCAUUCCUUCCAAACUGAUGGAGCUGCAACAAGAAGACAUCAAAGAAAUUAACGAAGAAAUUAAACAACUCCGACAGAAAAAGCGUGCUGUAUCUAGCACUUUGUGCUUCGUAUUCAAAGAUGAAUAUGUACCAGAUGAGUUGUUCCACAGAAUGUUUGCCCAGAUCCUGAGAAAAUACAAAUCAAUAUCGUUGUCAAAGCGUAUGAAGACGGAUAUCAACGAUACCACCAGUCUCUAUAGGGGCUUUGGAUGUUUCGAAGUCGACGAUCUUUGCAGAUUUAUCUUGUCAAUGCAUGCAGUACGGUCGACCAUAGCUGUGACAAUGUUCAGUCAAACAGAAUCUCGGCUUCAGGCUGAUUCCGGACGAGGUCUAAGGAUCUCAAUCGAACAGAUUCUUUGUGACAUACUGUCGAUGAGCAACCAGCGACACUUUUUGUACACGCACCAACUACAUUGCAACUACCACUUGAGUCCAUACGACACGCCAGUAGACUUGCAUGGCGUCAUCCACUCAGAACGGGGCGUGUUCUGUAAAGGCGAAGAAUGUCAGCAGAGGCGACAUCAGAUGUCGAAAAUGGAUGCCGAAUACUGGGGCUUGACAGAGGAUCCGCGACCGAUCCAGAGAAAUGACAACGUGGAAGCAGUUUCUGAAACUAUCUAUGACAGAAGAAUGGUUCGAGUGGACACGAUGGAGAAUAACGAUGAUAUCCCAAACAGAAGGCCCACACCACGGGAACUUGGCCGUCUGUCACGCCUGGUCGACGCUGCUGAAUGCGAUUGUCUGUUUGCUGCCCUUGGUCUACCAUACCCUGAUGUCAAGAAUACUAAAUGGGAGUCACGCAGUGAGGCUGGAAUCACACUGAUCACAAAGAUGUUUCUAAGAUGGACAAUCGCCUACCCAAAUCAGACAUUUCGUGAUAUUAAACAGGCAAUGGAAGCUGCUAACAUGGCAACAGACGGCAUAAGUAGAAUGCUGGUUGAUUUUGUCGACAACCAACAGAUUCGAGAUGUGGUUCCAAUUGAAGUCUGGAGCAGAGCACCAACUGCUGCAGAAAUAGAACAAAUCGUCGACAGGAUAGGUAAUGCAUAUUUCAACCUCUUCUUAGAACUCGGUUUAAUACCAACAAUCAUAGAACAGUAUGACAUUAGUCACAAGGGUGAUUUCAAGACAAGGAUUUGUGCUCUCCUCCGGUAUUGGAUUGAUACGUUCCAGACGGAGGCAACAAUAGGCAGGUUGUUGACAGCGAUGAAAUUUUGCCAUAUGGAAUGGUAUUCAACAUCAAAGAUCGUGUCAACUGCUCAUGAAAUUAGACGAGAACGGAGGUCUAAAUGUACAAUCUUGUAAAAGUAACGCUUACAUCUGUUUAGCUUACGGGUGUAAAAAUGGCGGUUCUUUUAAAGGCAACACAACAGAAAUUCGAUCAAAGCAGAAAAAAAUUAUGUGUCCGCGAAAAGGAAAAACAUCAAGAUACUUUUUGAAGGGACACAUAACGCAGUACUCUACUGCGAUUGGCUGACAAACAAUAAUACGAUAUGUAUUAUUUUAAAGAGCCCGCAAAGAUUUCAUGAGAUCUUCAAUCACUCAACAUCCGCUGCAGUUCAAAAACAUAAAAUUAAAAGCAUUGUGAUAUGCAGGAUAUACUCAAAAAGUUAUAUCGACAUUGAAGUAUUUCCGGGUUUGAAUAAAUGUCUUUUGAAAUUUACAUACACACAAUGUAUUCAAGUGACCACCGGAAAAAUAACAAAAUAUUCAUUAUCAUGUAAAGUUCAUACGAAAUUAUUUUUUAAUUCGUUGUUAUCAACGUACAUUAAUUCUUAUUGUUUCACAAAUUGUACGCCAAUUAUACCAUAAUAGUCAGAAAAUGUCAUAGAUCACUCCCUGGUGUGUUGAAUGUUCGGCUAAACAUUUUCAGUUAUAUCAUAAGAUUUUUACAUGUUAUGUCAUGCAAUUUACAUUAUAUAUACCAGUUGUGUUUAUUUUUUGUUUAAAAGCUAUAAAAAUGAUUUUAUUUUGUAGGUCAUAUUUCAUUAACAAUUUUAAAAGUCGCUUUGAUUCGAUCUAUUAAUC